GCUCCUCGCGCCGCGAACCCCGGGGGAGUCGGGCUGGGGAGAGCCGGGGCUUGAGGGGAGGUCGGGGCGGGCGCGGCCAAGACCCCAGUGACCUUGGCAAGGGGGCAGCCCCCGGCGCUCCCCGGAAGGAGGCCUGCGGCGCGGGGGCGGGGGACGCGGCGCUCCGCCUCCUCCUCCUCCUCCUCCUCUGCGGGCCGGCUCUCCCCGCGCGCGUGGUCCCAGCGCGGCCCCGCGGCCUCCGUGCUGCGGUGGGUGGGGGUCCCGUCCCGAGCCGGCCGCGUCCCCCUCUCAUCCCUCAUCCACGGGCUCCGCGCGCCCCGCGACUCCUCCCUCGGGCUCUGCGCGCCGCCGGGGGCUCAGCUGCGACCGCGCGCUCCGCUGCGCGCCCCCCGGCCCCGGGAGGGGAGGAGGGGGCGCCCGCAGGACCUCGCCCCCGGCCCAGGUUUUCCCCCCACAACCCGAGCGAGUUGCUAUAGUGACUGGAGGGACAGACGGAAUUGGCUAUUCCACCGCGAAGCAUCUUGCAAGACUCGGCAUGCAUGUUAUCAUAGCUGGAAAUAAUGAUGGCAAAGCCCAAGAAGUUCUAAGAAAAAUAAAGGAGGAGACGCUCAACGACAAAGUGGAGUUCCUGUUUUGCGACUUGGCUUCCAUGAGAUCCAUCCAUGAGUUUGUGCAGCAGUUCAGAGAGAAGAACAUCUCCCUGCAUGUUCUCGUCAACAAUGGGUUGCCUAAGGAUCACAGUCACUGUCAAAGUCCAUGGAACCCAUCUCAGCACCUGGCUUCCCACCUCCUGAAGAGGCAGUUCAGUCUCCCUCUCCGUGUGAAUCAGGCUGAAGCAUGCAUUUCCUUUAUUCCGAGUGGAAGCUCCCGAGCUGCCUCUUUUACUCACCUUUGGAUCCCUUCUCCCAGCCCAGAUCAGCCCCUGCCCACCAUCGGGGUCAGGCAGAAUCAGAGGGAAGAGGCAGCAACACCAGAGCUUGAAGCAAGGACCUGCCCCCUGUAG